AAAAAUAAAUGAAAAGUAUGUGAGAACUCAGAAAGACAGAGAGAGGGAGAAAGAAUACAGAGCAUGAAUCUGAAGGAAGCCAAGAAAGCUACAUAAAUAAAAUUCCACAGGGAUCCAAAGAAAAGGCAAUUCUUGGGGUUCAGAAAACGUCAAGAUAAACUUCCUGGUGGAAACAGGACUUGCUAUGAAGUAUUUGGUUCAAAAGAAACAGGAGAGUUGGUGUCUCUAGGGCAUGCAUGUCCCAACUGCUUCAAAGUCUGCGCCAGCAGGAGGGUGUUUUUGGUGGGCAGGUUCUCUGGGGAAGAUGAGGCCUCCAAAGGGCCUGGGCUCCUGGGAAGCCUCCUACAUGCUGGACUUCACCAAUUAACUAAUUUUCAUAAUAAGCUCACUGCUUUCCCUAAUUGUUUCACUUCCAUCAACAGGGCCAAGGGAAAGAUAAGAACACUCCAUGUGUAGGGGAGAGAAUUUCAGGUACAGUCUGUGAAGAGAUGUUUAGAGUUGACCUUUGAACUCACUGGCAAACAAGUGGAUUUUAUGGACUCUCAGGUAUUGGAAGCACAAAAGGCUUUUUUUUUUAAUCCCCUUAUUUUUCUUUUUUUUGGCCGCUCCUGAUUAUCACUUCCAAGAGCAAAGUGAGUCAAGGUUCAGCUCCAGGGGAAAUCUCAGGUGUGAGAAAAGCUGGGGUUUGGUUAUCUUUUCCCUUCAGGGGAAGAAGAAUAGAAAUGGGAAUUUAGAAACUUAAGUGAGAAGGUGGUAUUCCUCCCGGGAUGAGCUCAGAUCUAAAUCGAAAAUUACCUCCACCCCGUAAAGCUGUGUCUUCUUGGGCAAGCUUCUGUGCCCCUCAAACUCAACUAGAAAGUGGGGCUGUUAAUCUUUCCUCACAGUGAGGGCAUGAAGGAGAAUCCUAUGUAAUGGACUCAGUCGCACCUGCACGGGGCUUUGUAAAUAGAUUCCCGAGCCCAUUGAAUGCAACUUUACCAAGAAGCAGCCUGGGAAAAUUAGCGUCCUGUAUGAGUCUUAAGUUUGGGAAACGGUGAAGUAACAUGGAAAGUACUUAGCAGAGCAAUACUCAUAUAAUCGGUACUGGUGAGGUUCCGCCCAUUGCCCAAGCAACCCGCCAUCAAUGCGCACGGACAAAACAACCGGCCGGCAGGAGCCGGGGAAUCAGGGUUAUCGGCAUCCCCCUCCCGGGAGGGUAAUACCCUCGCCGAUCUGCGCUCCCGGACGCGCUUUCGCAGCUUCUGCAGCCCCGCCGGGCCAGGAGCUCGGGGCCGAGGCUUAAGCACACAGACAUUUAUUGUGGAGAAAAUAACAUUUUGAGAUAUUUUUCUUUUUUCAAGUAAUAAAGGAAAAAUCAGUACAGACGUGCACUCUCCUGUUUGUGCUUCAUUGUGCUGCUUUUUGUAACUCAGCUUAGUAAUGAAGCCACCAUUAUGUCCUCAGUCAGUGAAGUAAAUGUUGACAUCAAGGAUUUCCUAAUGAGCAUUAAUUUGGAGCAGUAUCUCUUACACUUCCGUGAGUUUGGUUUUAAUACUGUGAAGGACUGUGCAGCAGUAAAUGACAACGUGCUACACAAACUUGGAAUAUCACCUACAGGACACCGUAGGAGGAUACUUAAGCAAUUACAGAUCAUCUUGUCAAAAAUGCAAGAUAUUCCAAUAUAUGCAAAUGUUCAUAAAAAAAAGAAGAAUGAUGGGAUUUCAAAGGAUUGCCGCACUCCAUCUUCUGAUCAGAAUACCUGCAUAGUACUUUCAGAUUCAGGUAGUUUUCAGACACCUAGCCCAAUGCUAUCUGAGACUGUUACAAAAAAUCUUGAUCAAAAUGAUGUCAGUGUGGAAAAUAGCCAGUCUCCUAAAUCAGAUGACAAGCUGUCUCUUCCCAAGCACAUUUUUCCCAUUCCAGAAGGAGAACCACAUCUGAAUUUGGGUUCUUUUCAAGAUUCCUUAUUUGGUAGUGAAAAUAUUAAAAUGGAAUCUUUGAUAACAAAGAAGACUAUGGAUUGCACAACUGAAGAAGAACAAACGCAGCAAGUUGAUUUGAUCUCAGGAAAUGUGAGCAAGCUUCCCAGGGCAGACUCUGAAUGCCUUCCUUCCCUUGGCUUUUCAGUAUCAGAAGCAAAUUCUGGAAAUGGGGCUAAUGGUUUAUUAGAAAAAUCAGUACCGUCCCCAUUCUUCCAAUUUCGAGGAGAUAUGGUUGUAAAUGAUUUGUAUGUUCCAUCAUCACCAAUCCUAGAACCUAUGAGAACUCGGAGCAAGUUGGUUUCAAGACCAUCUCGAUCUUUUCUGCUAAGGCAUCGACCUGUACCAGAGAUCCCAGGGUCGGCGAGAGGAAUUUCAGGGAGCUAUUUCCGUGAGAGAAGAAAUACUUCUACCUCAUCUGGGAAGUCUGUGACACAGCAAAAUUCAAAUGAGGAGAAUUCAUCUUCUAUUUUUCCUUAUGGAGAGACCUUUCUCUUCCAGAGACUAGAAAAUUCUAAGAAAAAGUCUAUAAAGAAUGAAUUUUGGACCAGUGAAAAAACACUCAAGAGGGAAACAACCACUGAAAGAAACUCUUUUUUUGUCAAAUCAAGCAUAUAUGAUAACAGGAAGGAGAACGUAAGUGAAGACAAAGUAGAAGAUAUUUGGAUCCCUCGAGAGGACAAAAACAAUUUUCCAAUAGACUCUGCUUCAGAAUCAGAAUAUUCAACAGUAGAAGAAUGUUUUCAGAGUUUAAGAAGAAAAAGUUCAAAGGCAUCUAAAUCUAGGACUCAGAAGCCAUUGAAUUUGGACCCUAUUAAUAGGCAUAGUUAUCCCUUAAGCUCAACAAGCAGAAAUGCUGAUUCAUCAGUUAUUUCCUCAAAUGUAAUAUCUCCCUAUGCCUGCUUUUAUGGAUCAUCUGCAAGGAAGAUUAAAUCGGGAUGGUUGGACAAACUCUCUCCUCAAGGAAAACGUAUGUUUCAGAAGAGAUGGGUGAAAUUUGAUGGCCUUAGCAUUUCUUAUUACAAUAAUGAGAAGGAGAAGUAUUCUAAAGGAAUAAUUCCCCUUUCUGCUGUAUCUACGGUACGAGUUCAAGGAGACAACAAAUUUGAAGUUGUUACAAUGCAAAGAACUUUUGUUUUUAGAGUAGAAAAAGAAGAGGAGAGAAAUGACUGGAUUGGCAUACUAUUAAAUGCCCUGAAAUCACAGUCCCCUUCCUUGCACUCUCAAGCAGUGGUUGUACCUGAGAAAUGUGGAUAUCUUGAAUUGAGAGGGUAUAAAGCCAAAAUUUUUACUGUAUUAAGUGGAAACAGCGUGUGGCUUUGCAAAAAUGAACAGGAUUUUAAGAGUGGACUUGGUAUUACCAUAAUUCCUAUGAAUGUAGCAAAUGUAAAGCAAGUGGACCGAACUGUGAAACAAUCUUUUGAGAUAAUCACUCCCUAUAGGAGUUUCAGCUUUACAGCAGAGUCUGAAAAAGAGAAACAAGAGUGGAUUGAAGCUGUGCAACAAUCGAUAGCGGAAACUCUCUCUGAUUAUGAAGUAGCCGAGAAGAUUUGGUUCAAUGAGUCCAACAGGAGCUGUGCAGAUUGUAAAGCCCCAGAUCCUGACUGGGCAUCCAUCAAUCUCUGUGUUGUCAUCUGUAAGAAGUGUGCAGGACAACACAGAUCUUUGGGACCCAAAGAUUCCAAAGUCAGAAGCCUAAAAAUGGAUGCCAGCAUUUGGAGUAACGAACUCAUCGAGCUUUUUAUUGUCAUUGGAAACAAAAGAGCAAAUGAUUUUUGGGCUGGUAAUCUUCAAAAAGAUGAAGAAUUAUAUAUGGACUCGCCAGUAGAAAAGAGAAAAAAUUUCAUCACACUGAAGUACAAAGAAGGAAGAUUCAGAAAGACCCUUUUGGCAUCUCUUACCAAAGAAGAAUUAAAUAAGGCUCUGUGUGCUGCUGUAGUAAAACCAGAUGUUUUGGAAACAAUGGCUUUGCUGUUCAGCGGAGCAGAUGUUAUGUGUGCUACUGGGGACCCUGUGCAUAGCACCCCCUAUCUACUGGCCAAGAAAGCUGGGCAGAGUCUGCAGAUGGAAUUUCUCUACCAUAACAAAUUCUCAGAUUUCCCUCAACAUGACACUCAUUCUGAAGGUGGAUUAAGUCAGGAGCCCACCCAGUCCACAUUCCUGUGUGACUUUCUGUAUCAGGCUCCUGCUGCUGCUUCUAAACUCGCUUCAGAGAGAAAACUCCUUGAAGAGACAAAUAAAAAGUGGUGUGUUUUGGAAGCAGGCUUCUUGAGUUACUAUGAAAAUGAUAAGUCUACCACACCGAAUGGCACCAUUAAUAUCAGUGAAGUAAUCUGCCUGGCUGUACACAAGGAGGACUUGUAUUUAAAUACUGGGCCCAUCUUUACAUUUGAGAUCUACUUACCCUCAGAGCGUGCAUUUUUAUUUGGCGCUGAAACAUCUCAAGCUCAAAGAAGAUGGACAGAGGCAAUAGCCAAGCAUUUUGUUCCCUUUGUUGCUGAAAACUUAACAGAAGCUGACUAUGAUUUGAUUGGUCAACUCUACUACAAAGAUUGCCAUGCCCUGGAUCAGUGGAGAAAAGGCUGGUUUGCUAUCGACAAAUCUAGUUUGCGUUUUUACCUUCAAAUGCAAGAAGCUCAGGAAGAUAGAAUGCACUUAAGGAGACUGCAAGAGCUAACCAUCAGCACAAUGAUUCAAAAUGGGGGAAAAAUGGAUGUCUUGCUCUUGGUAGAAAAAGGAAGAGCAUUAUACAUCCAUGGGCAUACCAAGUUGGAUUUCACGGUCUGGCGUACUGCAAUUGAGAAAGCAGCAGGUACAGAUGGCAAUGCCUUACAAGAUCAGCAGCUCAGCAAAAAUGACGUUCCCAUUAUCGUGAACAGCUGUAUAGCAUUUGUUACACAGUAUGGUUUAGGGUGCAAAUAUAUCUAUCAAAAGAGUGGUGAUCCUCUGCACAUAAGUGAACUCCUGGAGAAUUUCAAAAAGGAUGCAAGAAGCUUAAAAUUGAGAGCUGGAAAACAUCAGCUUGAAGAUGUGACAGGCGUGUUGAAAAGUUUUCUCUCUGACAUCGAUGAUGCACUUCUUACUAAGGAACUCUAUCCAUAUUGGAUCUCUGCCUUAGAUACCCAAGAUGACAAGGAAAGAAUUAAAAAGUAUGGAGCAUUCAUACGUACUCUUCCAGGGGUCAACCGAGCAACCCUGGCAGCUGUAAUUGAACACCUUUACAGGGUUCAGAAAUGCUCAGAAAUCAAUCACAUGAGCGCCCAUAAUUUGGCCUUGGUCUUUUCAUCUUGUUUGUUUCAAACUGAGGGGCAAACUAGUGAAGAAGUGAAUGUAAUUGAAGACUUAAUUAAUAAUUAUGUUGAAAUAUUUGAGGUUAAAGAAGACCAAGUCAAACAAAUGGACAUAGAAAAUAGCUUUAUUACCAAGUGGAAAGACACUCAAGUUUCCCAGGCUGGAGAUUUGCUAAUUGAAGUGUAUGUAGAAAGGAAGGAACCUGACUGCAGUAUUAUAAUUCGGAUAUCUCCUGUGAUGGAAGCAGAAGAAUUAACUAGUGAUAUAUUAGCAAUAAAAAAUAUCAUCCCGACAAGAGGUGAUAUCUGGGCCACAUUUGAAGUCAUUGAAAAUGAAGAGUUAGAGCGCCCUCUUCACUACACAGAAAAUGUGUUGGAGCAGGUGCUUCAGUGGAGUUCGUUAGCUGAACCUGGCUCUGCUUAUCUCGUGGUGAAGAGAUUCUUAACCACUGACACAAUUAAACACUAUAAUGAGAGGAAGUCCUUGGAAAGUAUCAAAGAGGGAAUCUUGAAAAUCAAAGAAGAACCAUCUAAAAUACUGUCUGGAAAUAAAUUUCAAGACCGUUAUUUUGUUUUACGAGAUGGCUGUCUCUUUCUUUACAAAGAUCUGAAGAGUAGUAAACAUGACAAAAUGUUUCCUCUCAGUUCAGUGAAGUUUUAUCUUGGAGUGAAAAAGAAAAUGAAGCCUCCAACAAGUUGGGGACUGACAGCAUAUUCUGAAAAACAUCACUGGCACCUGUGCUGUGAUAGUUUCCAAACUCAGACAGAGUGGAUGGCCAGUAUCUUUAUUGCCCAGCAUGAAAAUGACGUAUGUCCACCAGCUGGAAAGGAACGGAAACGUUCUAUAACCAAAAAUCCCAAAAUCGGAGGUUUGCCUCUAAUUCCCAUCCAACAUGAAAAAAAUGCAACCCAAGCCCGGAGAAAUAUCGAGAGUGUAAGAGCAGAACUCGAAAGGCUGCGGCUCAGUGAAAAAUAUGACCAAGAGUCUGGGGAUGGCGGCCUGAGAGAGAGAGCCUCUGUGGCGGCACAGCGCAUGGGGCGCAAAGAUGAGAAACCUCGCAGUCGAACCAGGAAACAUCGGAGUUUCAACUGCCUGGAAGACACAGAGACUGAGGUCUUUGAGGGGCAACAGGAAGGCCAUAGAGACCUAAAGACAUUGAGGAAGGCGGAGGACAGGAAUGGCAAAGCUACUUUGGACUCUGAUAAGAAGUUACCACCAAAGGUCAUUGAAGAACUUAGCGUGGUCCUACAGCGGUCAAGAACCCUUCCAAAAGAGCUACAGGGGGAGCAGAUUAUGCAGAAAGAAAUAAAAUGAAUAGUCCUGCAAAUUUUUUCAAUAUUGUAUAUGAUGUCUGUGUGCAAACCAGAAACCAGAACUGUAGGAUAAUUCAUGGUUUAUAAGGUUUGUCUGGCUCUACAUGAGCAUUUAAAGAACAUUUUUAAAUAUGUAUGUAUAUAAGUGUAAAAUUAACUUUAUUUUGGUCUGAAGCAAACUUGUACAGUUCAACUGUAUUAACCUUAUGUAAGAAUGCAUCAGAUUCCUUCUAGUGGCCAACCUGUUAAAGUAGUUGUCUGUUAAGUGGUGUAAUUUAUGAAUAGAAAUCUCAAGCUGUACUGUAUUGUAUAAAAUACUGUUUAAAUGAAGUCUAUGAAACUAUAACACGUUUUGCACUUUGAGAAACCUUGCAUAUUUAAUUAUCUUUUUUUUUAGGUUUACAUAGGGUCCAUGUUAGGGCAAGGAAAGGGAGAGGCUUUAUUUUUGUGGCUGCCAUCAAACAAUAUUGGGGUUUUUUAAAGAGGCAAGAGGUUAACAAGUGUUCUAAGAACUAAGGAGGUCCGUUAAGAUUCAUUCAAGUCCACUAUUGACCAGAAUUCCUUAAUGAAAAACUGCUUGUACGAGAAUAAGUCUAGUGACUAAGUAUUUCCCAGAAGUAAUGUUCAACCAACAAACAAGUAAGUGGCACCAGCCACUUAUGUAUGAUGUUAGGGAACUAGCCACAGUAUAUAUUCACUACACUUCAGUUGUUUGUAGGUGGCUGUGGAAAAGAAACUUACACUGCAUUGGAGAUUGUGUGCACAGGACCUGGGAGAGGAUGCCAUUUGCACUGUUGCUGUAUACAACCAAUUUUUUUUAAGAGCUCCUUACAAUGGUUUUAGUACAAACAAAACAUUACAGGGUUUCGUGGGUUUUUUUUGUUUUUGUUAUUACCUUACUUUGUAUGUUCAUUUCUUGGUAUUUUAAGUAAGGCUGUAAUGUCUUUCUCUGCAAUGUCAGAACUAACUGAAAGUGUAUGCCAUUUUGGGGUGGGGGAUAGUUUAACUCAACUGCAUUCAGGGGACUACCAGUUCACAUUUAAUCUAGCCUCUUUUUUUUUUAUAUCAGUAGUCUCCUCCCUGAGUCUAAUGAAUAAUGAAUUUCAGCUUCCACAUGAGGAACUGUUACUGAGUUGGUGGUUUUCCUCAGAAAGACAAUACUAUCUAAUUAUAGUUCACACUAGGGGAAGUGCUUUUCAUCAAUUUCUUUAAAAUUAUCUUAGCUACCUAAGCUUUAUUUCUACCAUUUUUCCCCCUGCUCCUGUUUUUCAGAUGGCUUUUUAAAUCAGAAUUUGUCUACAAAAGCCCAUACUUUGGUCAGUCUGAUGAUGAUAGUACAGCAAUAUGCUGUUGAUGCUAUGAAUUUAUUCUGAUCACCUAUAUUUGGUGGUGAUAAAAUAGUUUACCAUGGAUAUGUAAUAUUUAUUCUUUAAAUCCAAAUAGAUUAGGAUUUUUUUUAAAGAAAGAAAAACUGCAGGUCAGUUUAUGAAAUAGCUGGCACUACUAGGGAGCCUUCCAAAGCACAAAACCAUGGUAUUUAGUUAAAAAAAUUAAACUGUUAUUACUAAUAAAUUAUAUUUGUGUUUAAUGAAAUAAGGCAUAUGAAAGUUAAUGUUUGACAGUGGGAAGCAUCUGGAAUUUACCUGCCUUAUCUGAAUAUUUUUGAAACCUAAUCUAAGCUUCUGUUUCCCUUCCUUUCCAAUUGUCUCCAUUUUCAACUGUAAGAUAAGGGCUAAUGAUGACAUCUCAUAUUUUGAGUAAAAAUAAAAAUUGUUUUAUAAGUCCAA